UCCCUAGUACUGUAUCCCUCUCGCCAGAAGGCCACUACAAGAUCUCACAGCCCCACCACUUAAAAGAGUAUCCUGCUCCGCAUAGCACUAAUAGCGCCUCUCAACAUAGUGGGGGUUCUCCCCACUCACUCACUCAGCACUCUUUCCCUGUACUACAUCGCACUGUGUCUUCGGUCAGUCAAAGCAAUCUCCAUGUUACGAGUACGAGCCAUUUGAAUUCCCCACAUUAUGUGGGGCAACCCCCCUACCAUCCACAUCAAGAGCCACAGCAUUCCCCGUUAGAUAUUCCCUCUUCAUCCUCACCGACGUCCCCAACAUCCUCUGGGCUUCAUUCGUCCUCCAGACAGCCAUCUUCCAUCCCAACAUCUGUGAUUACAGCAGCUCACAGUAGCAGUAGCCUUGGAAAUGAUUCAGAUCCGUCCUCUUAUGUUCAAGAUCUUUCUUUCCAGCCACGACCCAAGAAGAAAGGUCGAAAGCCGAAGAACCCGGAUGGUAGUACUUCAUCCCCUAUUAAAAGGAAAAGUAGAGAAGGUUCAACGACAUAUUUAUGGGAAUUUCUGCUUAAACUGCUGCAAGACAAAGAAUACUGUCCGCGCUACAUAAAAUGGACGAACAGAGAAAAGGGCAUCUUUAAACUGGUCGACUCGAAGGCCGUUUCUAAUCUGUGGGGUAUACAUAAAAACAAACCAGACAUGAAUUAUGAAACAAUGGGACGAGCUCUCAGGUACUACUACCAGAGAGGGAUCCUGGCGAAGGUAGAUGGCCAGAGGCUGGUGUAUCAGUUUGUUGAGGUACCGAAAAACAUAGUGGAAGUAGAUUGUUCAGGAGUUUAAUGGAACCAAUAGUUUAUAACGAUAAAAUAUUCUAAUUUUUGGUAAGCCAAUGUCCAAAAUGUCGUCGUAACAACAUGAAAUGGAUUGUUCAGGAGUUUAAUGGAACCAAUAGUUUAUAACGAUAAAAUGUUCUAAUUUUUGGUAAGCCAAUGUCCAAAAUGUCGUCGUAACAACAAGAAAUAGAUUGUUCAGGAGUCUAAAGCAAACAACGAUUGAAGAAGCUGAAAUGUGUUAGCUUUUGGUGGACGAGUUUACAAAAUGUUAUAACAACAAAAAUAGAUUGUUCAGGAGCUUAAAGCAAACAACAAUUGAACAAGGGGAAAACAUGCUGGUGUGUGUGAGUGUGAAAAUGUCAGCCAGGCAACGAAAACAAUUUAAAGUAUUUGGAAAAGGACAGAUUUUGCCUUGAUAUUUUUAGUUGUGUUUUAAUGUUAAAUAACAGUCACAAUACUUUUCAUUUUUGGACUGCAUCAACGAUGCUG